AUGGCAUCUCCCAAGGACGCGUACAUCGGCGAGACGUUGCAGCCCCUGACGGCGAACAUGGCCAGGGAUGCACUCCACGCGAUGCCCGAGGACCCGGCAGACUUCAUGAUCCGUUGGCUCCGCCAGCGGGCCCCAAGCCACGAAGGGCCGAUGUCGAUUCAUCGUCGCAACGAGGCACUGAAGCAGGAGAUGUCUGCCCUCAAGGGCGGCCUGGCCUCCAGCCUGAGGAAGGAGAAACCUGCCGGGCUCGCUGACUACACCGAGGAGGACUGCAACAUGGACAUGCCUUUCGCGUUCCAGGGCCUCGUGCAGAUGCAAACGCCCUUCAAGCGGGGCCAGCUGUUGCAGUACCAGCCCCGCACGGACACCUGGGAGAAGGUCCUCGUUCUCCUCGGGCCCGGCAUUAUCGAGACCUUCGGCGACGCCGGGGAGCACCAAGCCCGGCUCAUGCUGGGGACCACCGGCUCUGCCAAGCCCGAGCGCGAGAAGCUCUUGCCGGAGUCCGAAGGUUACGCCUUCGAAGUCUCGAACUUUGUGCAGGCGGAGCCGGUGUUGACGUGCCUGCACUUGGCGGCGGCAACGGAGGAGGAGAGGCGGGAGUGGCUCCUGGCCAUCAACGGCCACACCACGGCGCUCUUCUGCAAGAUGGGGGCUGCCAUCGCCAUGCUUUCCGCGGAGAUUCAGAGGCUGAAGUUUGGCGCCGGCACUGCCGCAAAGCCCGAAGGAGGCGAAGGGAUGGCACAACUGGAGCGCCGCCUGUCGCGGCUCGAGCAGCAGGUGCAAUCGGAAGAAGCCCAGGAGCAAAGGAAGCCGAAGAGGGAGGACGAAGAAGAAGUCGACCCGGCGACGAUGCCCACGAACUACGACUCGGCUCUGGACCUGUCUGGAGGGAAGACGCGCCUGCACAACUACGAGGCCUUCAGCAAGGAGCUCAAGGACAAGUACGAGCCCAACAAGGAUCUCGUGGAGAUGAUGGGCAAGGAUUGGCAAAAGCGGCGCUCCUUCUCCACGAAGAUGAACUACCAACCGUAUCAAAACACGCUGGAGGAGCUCUAUGCGUUCUGCAAGGAGAAGGCCCCGAUCUUCUUCGCCAAAGUGCGGGCGGUGGCAGAGCGCACCGGCGGUCGCAACGUGGAGCCGCCCCUGAAGGGCAUGCAAAGGUGCCAAGACAAGGCGCAGUUCAAGUACAAGGAUAAGAAUGGCGAAAUCUCAUGGCACAGAUUGACGGACAUCGUCCGGGACACCAUCGUCUAUCAAAAUUUGGACGACAUGUACAAAGGUCUCCGAGCGAUCCACGAAGACGAGGAGAUCGACAUCAUCGAGUGCAACGACCGCUAUAUGAACCCGCUCGACGGAGGGUAUCGUGACCUUCAGCUGAGCCUUCGCAUCGAAGGAAUGGUCUGCGAGCUGCAGCUGAACACGAAGUGGAUGCUGCACGUGAAAGAGAACGCAGGGCACCGGGCCUUCGAGGUCUCCCGCGAGGUCAUGGCAGCUGUCGGGGAGCCGGAUGCUGUGGAGAGGUGCCACAACAUCCUGCAGUGGGGCAAGGAGAAUCUGGGCGCCAAUGCCGAUGCCGAGCUCCAGGAGAUGCUGAACGACGACAAGAAGGGCCUCCUCCACCAGGCUGCAAAAGCGGGAAAUGCACACCUGGUGAGCGUCUUCCUGGCCUUCCGCGCGGAUGUGAACCGCAAGGAUCCCAAGAAACUCCGGACGCCCCUCCAUGAAGCCAUGGCACAUGGCAACGAGCGGGCGAUGUGGGCCCUUCUCUGUGCUCGCGCGGACCUCCAAGCUCGAGACCAGGACGGCCAGGUGCCCCUCCUGGACGGCCUGUUGAAGCUUCGGCAAUCGGGAGGCGACGAAGGCGUCGCGCGCCUCGUCUCCGUGGCCGUUCAGUGUGCAGAGGGUGGUCUGGAGCAGCUCCGCGAGGCGAAGGAUGGCCUGGGUGCCGCCGUGCAGCGCCGGCUGGUUCAGAGCCAGGAUCUCAUCGCAGCAUGCGUCGAUGGGAACCUUCCCAAGGUCAAGCAGCUGUUGGUGGACUGGGCCGACCCGAACACCCCAAACACCGCGAAAGAUGGGCACCCCCCAUUGCACGCGGCGCUGCUCCGACCGCAGGGCCUCCAGCCAGUCCACCUCGACAUCGUGAGGGCGCUGGUGGACAUGGAUGCCGAUCUGACCCUCACCACCACGAUGCCAGACGGAGCAGUCCCCAGCACCUUCACCCUCGUGCACAGUGCUCUCUACUCCAAGAGUGGCAAGGCCCUGAAGAUGCUGGCAACUGCCGGUCUCGAGCAUGAUGGGAAGCCGCUCAGCGAGCUGCUGGAAGCAGAGGCCCUGCAGAGCGAGGACCCACCGGUCUGGUCGCUGCUGGCACCCCUGGAGGAACAGGGGGUGGCCAUGCUGGACGCGUCCCUGGUGUCCUUGCCGGACAUCCUGGUGCUGGGAGCCACUGCUGGCCAAGUCAAGGCCUUGCACCAGAAAGCAGGGCUGGAGACUCCGGAGAAAUUCCUCCGCCAGGUGGUGUUGAAGGGCCGUGUGCCUAUGGAACUGGGAGAGAAGCUACGAGAAGACCCCAACUUCCUCACACCCACACUUCCGUUGCCAGCUUUCGAUGCCGUGAGAGAGGCACUGCAGCAGGCCCCAGUGGAUCUUCGGAACGACCGCGACGUGGUCCUGGCUUGCAUCAGCCACGAUGCCGCCUGCUUGGCCGCUGCGCCGGAGGCCCUGCGCUCGGAGCGAUCCUUCCUGCUGGCUGCAGUGCAGCGGCAUCCCCGAGCCCUCGAGUUCGCCGCGGGCUUUCGGGAGGACAGCGCCUUCGUCGCGGACGCAAUGCGGCUCCAACCGGCCGUGCUGGAGUUCGCCGGCGGCCUGCGCAGCGACCUGGAGCUGGCCCUGGAGGCGGUUCGGAAGGCGCCUUGGUCGCUGGACCUGGUCGAUGCCCAGCUCCAAUCGGACCCGGCGCUGGCCUUCCAAGCCACGCAGGCCUUGGGGCGAUGGGGCACCAGGGACGUGGACCUCGCCCAGAUGUCCGAGCUGCGCAGCGUCGAGCACGACUCGGAGGUGUUGUGCGCCUGUGCAACGGGAGCGAACCGUGUGGCGGUGGGCUGCGGAGAUGGCACUAUCCGGCUCCACGGCCUCAGCACCACUGACGACGAGUCCGUCUCGAAGCUGGUGGGGCACGAGGAGGCUGUGCUCUGCCUGUGCCUGUUGUCCGAGGAGGUCCUCGCCAGCGGUUCCCGUGACCAGACAGUCCGCUUAUGGAAUCUCCGCACCACGGAGACUCUGCAAGUCCUCAGCGGACACACAGGCAUAGUGCUGGGCCUGGCGCGGCUCAAUGACUCUCAGCUCGCGAGCGCAAGUAGUGACACGACCAUCCGCUUGUGGGACGUCGCAAAGCCGGAAGACGUCCGAGCGCUCCAAGGGCACACCAGCACUGUGCACUGCCUCUGCCUCACCAGUGCCGGCAUCCUGGUGAGCGGGAGCCAUGACACAACCCUCCGAGUCUGGAACUCCGACACCGGCGAGGAGCUCCAGGUGCUGCAGGGCCACACAGAUUGGGUCCUCUGCCUCUGCCAGGCCUCUGCUGAGCUCCUGGCCAGUGGCAGCCGCGACGCAACCGUGCGCCUCUGGGACCUCGCCAGCUGGACGACCGUGCGGAUCCUCGAAGGCCUCACGGGCUGGGUCCACUCCCUGUGCCUGCUGGCACCCAACCACGUUGCAGCAGCCGAUGCAAAAGGCAGACUCCGCGUCUGGUGUGGUGAGAGCGGGGAGCCCGUGCACGAGAUCAAGCAGGCCCACAGCAAAGGGAUCCCAGCCCUGACGGUGGCGAAGGUGCAAGGAGAGCCCGUGCUGUGCAGCGGCAGCCUUGACUCGACCCUGAAGCUCUGGCAGCUGCAGGCCCGGGGCAGGGGGCCUUGGGGUUCUUUCUGCUGGUCAGCGUCUUUGCCGAGCUGA